CAGCAAAGGACAGAUAUUUUUGGUCUGCUGUGCUUCAGGGCUCCCUGGCAGAGGGCAGGCUCUAGGACAGCGUUGAGUACCGAACACGUGUAGUUAGCUGACGCACAGCCAUGAUGAAAUCGGGCGCCACAAAGGUGGGGCUGCCCAAGUCGGGACUCCAGGAGCGGACUAAGCAAGCCUCCUUGGCCCCAUCUUCCUCCACCACCACCUCCACAGCCAUGAAGACCUCCAGAUCCUCUAACAUGCUGGCCUCAGACCAGCGCUUGAGCAGGCUUAAAAGAGCCAGCAGUGAUGAUGCCUUGACAAAGCCUGCACUGGGAGCCGCUGCCUCUGGCUCCCGGCUGAAGAAGACCGUGACCACUGGAGCCAUCUCAGAUCUCACGGAGGCCCGCCCUCGCAGCCUGUCUGGUGCACAAGCAACCAAAAAGUCUGGUAUCCCAGCUCCUAGAGAGCUCUCUUCUACCAUAACAAGAGACCGCAUCUCUUUGAGGGACCAGCUAAGGAGCUCUACCAAUAAGAGGAUGGUUUCUAGUGCCAGCACUUCCAGCCUCUCCACCCUGGCAAAGCAGACACGUAGUUCAACCAAGUCCCGUGGAGAUGCAGAGGGCCAGGAAAGGGGCGUUCUGGAGGGCCAGGUGAAGGAGCUGCUGGCUGAGGCCAAGGCCAAAGAUUUAGAGAUCAGCAAUCUCAGGAUGGAGUUGCAGCGCUGCAAAGGUAAAGCCUCCAAUUCACCCUCACCCAACUCUGUCUCAUGGCAAGAGCCUGCUGCAGAUCCAGAGCAGGGACAGGUGGCGGAGGCCCUUGUGCUGGUUGGAGAGCUGAGGGAGAAGAACGGGAAGUUUCAGAGAGAGCUUGCAGGACUUAGAGAGGAGAACCAGUCACUGAAGGAAAAGCUGCUUUCCUUGGAGGCCUCUCCUCUCUCUAGUACCAACUCAAGCUCCCCCUCCAAGCCUUUGGUGAAUGGCCUACCCUCAGACUCCAACUCCUCAACUCAACAACAGGACAGUCUCCCCUGUCCUACCAGUCCUCUCCAAACCUCUAUCUCUUCCAGUUCUGACAUCACCAAGGACUCACCAUCACCCGACUCCUCAGAGUUUGAGAAGAUCCCAUCUCUUUCAGAAUCAACGAGCAGCGGUGUCAGUGGCGAAGUCGUUGUAGCGGGGGCACUAACCAAUGCAGGAGGGCAGGACAUGUCAUCAGUGCAGAGCCUGACAGAACAGAUUCACAAGAUGGAGGAGAGCCACCACAGCACGGCGGAGGAGCUGCAGGCAACUCUGCAGGAGCUGUCCGACCAGCAGCAAGUGGUGCAGGAGCUGACGGCUGAGAACGAGCGUCUGGCUGAGGAGAAGCGCCUCCUGCAGACCUCACUUCAACAGCAGAGAGAGCGCCUGGAAAUGAUGGCCCAGAAGAACGAUACACUCGCUGGCAGACUUCAAGAGCAAGCCCAAGCUCAGGCCCAGAGGGAAGAGGAGCUCGGUAGCCAAGGGCCUCGGCUUGCCGAGCUGGAGCAAAGGUAUACCGAGCUGGUUGAGAGCUCGCGUUUCGAACGGGAGAAGCUGGUUGACAUCCAGCAGCAGUUGACAGGCAGCCUUCGGGCUCUGGAGGAGGAGAACCAGGAGGCCCAGGGCCAGGAGCGCUGCCUCAGAGAGGAGAUGGACAGGCUGCAAGCCCAGCUGGACAGAGAGCUGGAGGCCGGAGGUCAGGCAGCACAGGCCGCAGAGGAGCAGAGGGCGACAGCAGACAGUCUCAGGCUGGAAAACAGUAGGCUGAAAGCGCAGGUGGACAUUGAGAGGCAAAAAGUUGGUGAGUUGAAGGCCAUGCAGAGUGCCAGUGACAGCUCUGAGGUGCAGAACCUGCUGAAAACAGCCCACGCUGAGAGAGACAUGCUGGAGGAGGAGCUGACAGAGCUGAGGCAGGAGCUGCUACAGGCCCAGGCCGAGACUGAGCAUGUACGAUCCACAAUGUCCAAGGUGGAGGCUAAAUGCCAGCAGGUUCAGGAGCGGGCUGAGAGGAGGGAGCAGGAGCUCAGUGGCCGGGUUACUGCGCUGGAGGAGGCCGGGAUCCACGCUGAGAACCAGGUGAAGGAGCUGAAGGAGACCAUCUUUGAACUGGAGGACCAGGUGGAGCAGCAGAGGGCCGUCAACUGCCACACCAACCAAGCCGUUCUGGAUAUGGAGAAUCUUGUCAAAAAGCUGGAGGAGCAGAAAGCUGAAUCAGACCGACAACUGAAAGUCUUGGGUAGACAGAUUAAGGACGAAAAAGAAGAGUGGCGUCGGUUCCAGGCGGACCUCCAGACAGCAGUGGUGGUGGCAAAUGACAUCAAGGUGGAGGCUCAGCAGGAGCUGCGUACACUCAGGAGGCAGCUGCAGGAGGAACAGGAUCGCAGUGCAAAGCUUUCUACAGACCUGGAAGCCCUGCAGGGUGUCAGAUUAAGCACCGGAGCCACUUUUGAUACCAAGACGGCAGUAGAAGGGCACUAGAGAGGUGCCCUCCACCACGUGAAGACAGUGUUAUUGUUGCACUUAUUAACUUUCUCUGUCAUUCAAAAUGUAAUGUUGUGAACCAGUCUCAUUCAAAGCCACAGUGACCAGUGUAGAUGCAGUACACAAAGAGUCUUGUGAUACAGAGUCUGGCUUGAAUUUCUUUACAUGUCUUAUGGAACCUUUUGAAUAAUAAUUCUGUAUUUUUCUUUCUCAAUGAAUGUAUUCUUUGUUUGUAGAUUUUCUUGACCCGUGUUAAAGAAACGAAAGACAUCUUUUCAUACUGUGCAAAGCUGAUUUGUGCCUUUUUAGAAAGUUAAAGGAUAAUAAUCUGUUACAUAAAGCCCAAGAACAAAGUAACAUCAGAAAACUUAAAGGCAAGAGCAAUGCAGCAGAAUUGAGUCAAGUUGAUAUUAUUAAAAAACAGCUGGCUCAUGUUUUUUAUACUAUUUCUCUAUCAGUCAAAUUACUUUCACGUUGGCCUAAGUCUGCAUACUUUAAAGAUAGACAUUUAUGAUCUGUUGAAAGAAAAACAACAACCUCACUUUAAGAUAUAAGUUUGGUCUUUGGUCAUGAAAUGAAACUGAAUGCAGUAUCAUUAUUUAUCCAUUAGAUGGCACUACGGAACAGAUAAUUACCAUACAGGUUUCUUCAAUGUGGAUAUACUGGUAUCAUUUUCUCUGUUGCUGUUGUAUAUGUACUUUUGAUGAUUGCUAUGUAACCAGGAUGAGUUUGAUUUCAGCAAUGCAGGCAGAUCCAGAACACUGCCAAAAUUAGAUUUUAAGACUGCCAUAAACACAAACAGCCGUACCUCAGAGUCAUGUUUUACUAUCCUCAAACAUACCAAAAGGUUAAUAGACCAUUUUGACACAACAAAUAAGAAGAUUUCUUAAAUGAUUAUUUUUCCACUGUCGGAUGAGUUGAACUCAUUUUCUACCCUUCCUCUUUUCAGCAACAUCCCUGAUAAGUUCAUAAAGAAUCAAACACGUAGACCUUUUAACUGAACCUCAAAAGGACACUCAAAGCUCUGAUACCUGUUGAUCAAUCUUAAAUCACUAUGUUAAACAUAUUGACAGAUAUUUUCAGCAUCCUUUUGAUCCUCAUGGUGUGAUGUUGCUUACUUAAAAAGAUACAUCACUUACCACAUGGUUGAUUUAUUUCACCUUUGAGCCAAACCCAUACACAUUAUCCGGUGUUGUUGUAGUACAAUGGCAUGUUUCAGGAUCUCAGGUUCCAUUUAGAGAAGUUACAUUUUUAUCAAAGAAAUUCAAUUUGUGCAUAUUUUAUUAAAAGCCAUACUGCUCUACCAGAUAAGGUAUUGGUGCUCAAAAUGUAAACAUUGGAAUAUGCUCAAAAAUACCAUCUAGAAAAAAAGAAGAUGGUAACUGUUUAAUAAGUCAUUUUCUGUCUAUGGUUAAGCCAUAUACAAAACAAUACAGUGAAUGUGUUGUUAAUUUAUUGUGCAAAGAAAGACUAGAAAGACUGGUUCUCUGCCUGUGAAAGAAUACAUAAAGUGUACCGUAUGUCUGUUUGACUGUUGUUCAUUAGGCAAACGAAUAAAUGACAUUA